UAGAAUUCCCUUUCCAAGUAUGGGAGAGAGAGACUAGGAAUAUGGUGAUGAUGUCUCUUUCUAAGUGGCCCUCUUCUCUUGUCCCCUCAGACUUCUCCUGCCGGACAAAGGAGAAUGGUAGCCAAAAACUCUUCUGUGACAGAGUUUAUCCUCGAAGGCUUAACCGACCAGCCGGGACUCCGGAUCCCCCUCUUCUUCCUGUUUCUGGGUUUCUACAUGGUCACCAUGGUGGGGAACCUGGGCUUAAUAACCCUAAUUGGGCUGAAUGCUCAUUUGCACACUCCCAUGUACUUCUUCCUCUUUAAUCUCUCUUUAAUAGAUUUCUGUUACUCCGCUACCAUCACUCCCAAAAUGCUGAUGAGUUUUGUCUCAAGGAAGAAUAUAAUUUCCUUUACAGGGUGUAUGACUCAGCUCUUUUUCUUCUGCUUCUUUGUCGUCUCUGAAUCCUUCAUCCUGUCAGCAAUGGCGUAUGACCGCUAUGUGGCCGUCUGUAACCCACUGUUGUACACAAUCACCAUGUCUCCCCAGGUGUGUUUGCUCCUUUUGUUGGGUGCCUAUGGGAUGGGGUUUGCUGGGGCCAUGGCCCACACAGGAAGCAUAAUGAACCUGACCUUCUGUGCUGACAACCUUGUCAAUCAUUUCAUGUGUGAUAUCCUUCCUCUCCUUGAGCUCUCCUGCAACAGCUCUUACGUGAAUGAGUUGGUGGUCUUUAUUGUUGUGGCUUUUGAUAUUGGAAUGCCCAUUGUCACCAUCUUUAUUUCUUAUGCUCUCAUCCUCUCCAGCAUUCUUCACAUCAGUUCUACAGAGGGCAGGUCCAAAGCCUUUAGUACUUGCAGUUCCCACAUAAUUGUAGUUUCUCUAUUCUUUGGUUCUGGGGCUUUCACGUAUCUCAAACCCGCUUCCAUCCUGCCCCUUGAGCAAGGGAAAGUGUCCUCCCUUUUCUAUACCAUCAUAGUCUCCAUGUUAAAUCCACUAAUCUAUAGCUUGAGGAACAAGGAUGUCAAAGUUGCCCUGAGGAGAAUUUUGGGCAAAAAAGAUAUUUUCUUCAGAAAGGAGUAGUAUUUGAGAAAGGAGAUAUAA